AUGGGGCAUCUGGAUCAGAUUGAGCGUCUGUAUAUUAAUCUCGGAUCAUGGCCCGUGCCGACCUCCCCUCCCUCCGCCGCCGACCCUAGCCGCCUCUGCAAUGGCCAGUCCAGUUACUGCUCGCGCAAAUACACCGAGAUCGCCUUCAUCGGUGCACACGACUCGCCCUUCGUCGGCAUAUUGCCCACGCAGAACCAAGGCCUGGAGGUGACGGAGCAGCUAGAUAAGGGGGUGCGGUACCUACAGGGGCAAACGCAGACGGACGGGGGAACGUUGAAUCUGUGCCACACGGCGUGUGCAUUGGAAGAUGCGGGGCCCAUAGAAGACUAUUUGCACACGGUGAAGGCAUUCUUGGAAGGGAACCCCGGUGAGGUGGUCACGCUGUUGUUUGUGAAUGGAGACCGAACCCCCAUUGAGGAGUGGAAAGCAGCGUUCGAGGAGACGGGAAUUCACGAGUAUGCAUAUGCACCAGAGAAAAAGCCAUUGCCGAUGGGCGAGUGGCCGACAUUGGGGGAGAUGAUUGAUAUGGGGAAGAGAUUGGUGGUCUUCCUCGACACCGGCGCCGAUCAAUCCAAAGUCCCCUACCUCAUCGACGAAUUCUCCCACUACUUCGAAACCCCCUUCGGCGUCACCGACCCCAGCUUCCCGGACUGCUCACUCGACCGCCCUAAGAGCGACCGCCCGUCGGAAACCGCGUCGUCACGCAUGUACAUCGUCAACCACUUUUUGAACGUCGAGCUGCUCCCGGGCUUGAAGGUCCCGGACCGGAUGAAGGCACCGCAGACGAACGCCGCGGAGGGGAAUGGCGGGGUGUUGAAGCAGGUGGGGAUCUGUCAGACGAAUUGGGAGAGGAGGCCGAAUGUGGUGUUGUUGGAUUAUGUUGAGUUCGCGGACGUGAAGGAGUUAGAGAGGAUAUUGAAUCGUCCUUGAAGUAUCUUUUUACUUUUUAGGCUCCUCGUGGUUGGAAUAGUGACGGGAAGCUGGAAUGAAAAGCCAUGGCGCAUUCAUAGCCUGCUAUCGAUAUUAUCUUAUUGUCUAUUGACAUUUACCUGCGGGAAUAAGGCUCACGCAUAGGCGACAAAUAUUACACGAUUGUAUCAUACAUUGUUAUGCCAAACGCUCGCAUGAAUGCACUGUUCACACCACCCAACGUCCCAACCUGCACCACAACUCCUCUCCAUACAUUUUCCCGCUCUUCAACUUCUCGAACCCUCUGACAACGCCCUCUUCGGUGCAUUCAAUCCAUGCCUA